AUGGCCGGAGUCACAGAUCGUCCGUUUAGGACACUGUGCAAAUACUUUGGUGCUGGGCAUGCGCGCCGAUUUCAGCACAAAUUGCAGGCUCUGAACCAGAUCAAUUGGCUGAGGCAGCACGUUAUCAAGUUGCAAAUGGUGCGCAAAUUGUCGAUAUCAAUAUGGGAUGCCCAGCAAAAAAAGUUCGGCAUUGCUGAAAGAUGA